CACAGUUCCAUCAGAUUGCUUAGGCAUAGCAUUAAGCUGAUGAGUGCAUUACAAGCAAAUCAUAUAUAACCCCAAUCACGAAACAAACACAAAGGUCCCGGUCCUCCCGACGAAUCUCCUCCGAAUGAUCCCGGAGAGAUCUGUUCUACCACAUCGUCGUCCUCACACCAGCAAGCGAUGCUACAACGGCGGUCAUGUACGGACGCCUGCAGCCAUGGUACCAACUCAUCCUGCUCUUAUUGUUCCCAACAUACCAAUUUGUCGGUGUCCGGUUCAGAACGAGAUACCGAUUCGUCUGCAUUUGUAUGCGUCACAUCGGGCUCGGCGCUUGAUUCUCCGGUGAUCGUUGAAGUCACUGGCUUAGACUGCCCACCACAGCAACAGCAUCAACAGUCAGUGUCGUCAAACGGUCCGUCGUUUUUUGGUCUUAGGCAACGCAGUCACAGUAGCAAUUGCCAUACGCUUUCGUCGGACCCAGAACCGGAACACGAUCGCGAUCACGAUCACGAAAGCAGCUUCGAAUGGUGGUUUCAUAGGCGCAAAAGCUCGCACAAAUCCAGGAGCCGCUCAUCCAGUCACAUAUGUGGCGGUACAACUGGUGGAAGUCUGCCAAUCCGGUCCUCACCGGUAAGCAGUUGUUGUGGCAGCCAAGGACGAUCCAGUCCGGAAACAAUGGAACAGGAAAUUUAUGGUACAACUGCGAUCGCUACUACGACCAAUACUACCACGUCUACUACUACUACUAGUGCAUCAGUUAGGAAUGGUGCGAUGCCAUCCCUGUAUGGUCCGAUUAGCCCAGAACUAUUUCUUCCUCUACUACGAUACACCUCUGCACUCACCGUUCCGAUUUGGGUCCUACCUUGA